AUGUACAUAUAUUUCCGUCAGUUAAAUCUAUCUAUCUAUCUAUCUAUCUAUCUAUCUAUCUAUCUAUCUAUCUUUUUCAGUCAUUUAAUCUAUCUAUCUAUCUAUCUAUCUAUCUAUCUAUCUAUCUAUCUAUCUAUCUAUCUUUUUCAGUCAUUUAAUCUAUCUAUCUAUCUAUCUAUCUAUCUAUCUAUCUAUCUAUCUAUCUAUCUAUCUUUUUCAUUAAAUUAUCUAUCUGUCUUUUUCGGUCAUUUAAUCUAUCUAUCUAUCUAUCUAUCUAUCUAUCUAUCUAUCUAUCUAUCUAUCUAUCUAUGUCCGUUCUUUUCAGUCGAUUUCAGACUACCGAGGAUUAGAUUAGACGCCUGUUCCUUGUUUCGCGUUUCUGAAUUCAAUCGAUAUUCAUGUCUAAAUGAAGGCCACACGUCCCGGAGCGAGUGUCAACCCAAACACUUGUCCACAAUCAAUCGGUACGGGGUACACAACAAUAUCUCUUAUAGACAAUCAAUAGCACUGAUCUAUCAUCAGUUAAAUUAUCUAUCUAUCUAUCUAUCUAUCUAUCUAUCUAUCUAUCUAUCUAUCUAUCUAUCUAUCUAUCUAUCUUUUCAAUCAUUUAAUCUAUUUAAAUUAUCUAUCUAUCUAUCUAUCUAUCUAUCUAUCUAUCUAUCUAUCUAUCUAUCUAUCUAUCUAUCUAUCUAUCUUUUCAAUCAUUUAAUCUAUUCAUUAAAUUAUCUAUCUAUCUAUCUAUCUUUUCAAUCAUUUAAUCUAUCUAUCUAUCUAUCUAUCUAUCUAUCUAUCUAUCUAUCUAUCUAUCUAAUUUAA